AUGUCGCCUCGCCCUCUGCUCCCUCCGCCGCCUCCCCCAUCGCCCCCUCCGCAGCUAUUCCGGCCACCCAAAAUCCAUCAGGUUUACCGCCGCAUCUCCGCGAAUCCUUCUCCCUGCCUCUCGGAUCCGGCUGCCCCUGCUCCAGUUUCUCCGUGGGAUGGGUCUUUCGGCGUCCUUGAUGGCGGUCGCUUGCUGGGGAGCGUAGUUACUCCUCGGCCGGCCGCGGGAUCUCGCGGAUCCGCGGCGGGGGGUCGGGGCGGCCUCUCGGGCGGCUCGCCAGCGUCCGCGGUAGGUGUACCGGUGGACCUCAGCCUUCAAGUCUCCCAACCUGAAGGCGGCCACCAUGUCGCAUCAGCAAUUUCUGAGUCCGCCUUCAAUGCCGCGGCGGAAGCCCGCUCAUCGAGGUUCAGCGAGCAUGAGAAGGGGAAAGGAAAGGCAAGUGAAGAGCAUUCAAGCUCACCAACCAAGCUGUCAGCGAGAUCUUCUCCAGCGAUUCAAAUCCAGCAGCAACAAGAUCUCUCCGAUGCCCAGGCUCGCGAGGAUUUAACUCAUGGCUGGGAGGUAGUCCGCCCUCCCUAUUGGUGGCGUAGGCAUAGGUCAUCAAAUCAGUAUUCAGGCCAGCUCCAGUCGGUCGACAGGGAGGAGAGCAGAAGGAAAUUCAUCAGGCAUGCAGAUGGGAGGUGCCUUAAUUGUUUUGCCCAAGACCAUAGAGUGGCGGUGUGCACCAAUCCAACAAGAUGCUGGCGUUGCUUUGGGGUUGGGCAUCGAGCUCGUCUGUGCCCCAAGCUUAAAAGGCCAUCCUCUCCUCACAAUUCUUCACGCUCCUUUCAGCCAAGGCCAGUGCCUCCCCUCCCACGGCAGUCAAGCAAGCUCAACACCACCUCCUACCUUCGCGCGCUCACAGGGUGGUCGCCGCCCAUGGCUUACCCUGGGGACCCGAGGGCUCGUCCAGACCUGGAGACCUGUGCAGUUUCAGCAACCGGCGACAUCAAGCUUAGUCGCGACUCUCUGGUGGGGCGGGCUGCGGUGUGUCAGCUUAAUGGCAAUAGCCAUGACACCUCUCCGCCCCAUGUGGAGGCGGCUCUCUGGGACCAGUUAGGCAUUCACAAGGAGAGGCUGCAGGUAUUGAAGCAUCACCCGGAGCAGUACUUGGUAAUUUUCUCAGAUUCUAGGGAUCGGCAGAGGGUGGUUCGUCAAGGGGCCAUUCCGCACAGGGGCCGCACCUUCAACUUUGAAGCAUGGACUGAGCAAAGGUAUGGAUCGCUGGCUCGUUGGGAAUUUCGGGUGCGCCUUCGCAUUGAGGGUGUGCCUAUUCAUGCUUGGAAGGAAUCGGUCGUGUCUCAAGUUAUUGGAAAACUUUGCUCAAUCCAUUAUGUAGACGGGCACACCCGUCGUCGGGAGCGCACUAGGACUUAUGAUUUGUGGGCUUGGAGUAUCAACCCAAGUGGUAUUGCUAAGGAAGUGUGGCUAACCAUUACUGACCCAGAUGAAUUUCCUUCGUCUGAUUUCCAAGUGCACCACUCAGCGCCUUCGGGGCUUAAGUUUGGUCUUUCAUAUAAGUUGCUAAUUCAUGUUGAUGUGGUGGAGGACCUAUCUUUCAUUGAAGGGCGUAACAUUCAGGAUCGCAGAAGGCGGCGUGAGUUCGAAUGGAAUUAUGGGGUUCCUGACUCUUUGGGUGAGAAAAGGGCGAAGGUUGUCUAUCAGGAUGCAGGGAGGAAGGGAAGAUACCACCGAAGGGAUGAUGAGGAUAGGGAGGAUCCGGGCCGUGGAGGUCGCCAUCUUCGGAGCAGGUCUUGGUGGGAUGGGAGAGGCUCUCAUUGUCGGGGGGCUGUUGAUGACUGCUAUUCCAACAACAGCAAGCAUCAUUUUAGGGGCAGUUCCUCCUAUCGCAACCGAGGUUUUUCCCAAAAUUCUUGGGGGCAUGGCUCUUGGCUUUCCAACCAGGUGGCUAUUGUGGAACCGCAGCACAUGGAUACCUACCCGUUAAAGCCUCCAAGCGUCGGCAAGAACGUCUCUUUUGCCUCCCCCAUCGCAACUGUUCUAGGGGGGCACAACUCUUCGGUGAUGUGCGAGGAGCGGCAGAAUUCUGUUGCUCGGGUGGGGAGUGCGGCGUCCCCCCCAACCAUGAUGGAGGUGGAUGGCUCAAUUUUGUCGGCCAACACUGCUGCUCCUGAACCAUCUCUGCUUCCUUCUGAGCUUGUGCAGCAUUUUGAUCAACCACUGUCCAAAGGAAAGAUUGAGGCCAUCAAGAACCUGCUGGAAAAAGGGAAGCAGUUGAAGAGGAAGGUCAGGGGCACCAAAGUCGCGCCAGCUGUUCUGGCUUGCCCAUCUGCGCUGGUCUAA